GUCCGGAACGAUGGAGUGGCGGUGCCUUGGGCCCCCAUGUCAUAUGCAGCGGCUCUGGUGUGGAUCAGAAAGCUGACUGCAUUGCCUUGGAAGUCGCAAACUCAGCAAUCAUCGCAGUGGACAGCCAACUCCAUGAAAAGCACGAUGUUGUCAUGGGGGUCACAAAUGGUAGCUUUGGGGACGGUCUCCCAAGAAGAAAGACUGCUCCAGGGACACCACAGACAGAGCGCGAAUCGCAGCCUGCGAGGUGUCAGACGGCCCACUUUUUGACAGUGGAUCGGACAGAGCUCUUCGUCGUCUGA